AAUUUACAUGUGAAAUUUACUAAUGACAAUUAUGUAAACAAUAUGAACGAUUUCAUUUUUUUUUUCCAUAAGAGCUAUUGUAAUUUUGAAUUAAGAAAUAAAGGAACACGUUCGAUACAAAUUAUCUGACGUAAAAAUAAAUGUAUCUACAUAAUGGAAUAUAUUCUGCGCGUAUGUAGUCCGUUAGGUUUUUAUGAAAAGCAUUGGAGGCGUCAAUAAUAAAAUUUAUUAACUGCUUAUAAAAGAUUGAUUCAAAUUGGAAUGAAAGUUCAUUAUGUUUAUUUACAACAGUGCUGCCAAGUAUUUGAGUUUAAGAAUAUCUUGCGAUAGCUUUAAAGUCGGCAGCAACUUUAUCCGAACCUGUACCUGUAACACUUAAAGAAAUGAAUCGAGUAUUUCAUCGUUGCGAGAAUAUUUUGCAUUGUUUGACAAAGAAUUUACAUGUUAUAUUAAUAUAGCUUUAAUCUGUGAAGUUGCUUAUCUAAAAUUCAAUAAGAAACCAAGAUAAACAAUAGUAUUUUACUUUGCUGUCAGUAAAAAUUAUGGUUUCUCAUUUUUUUCCAGAGUGAACUUUGCAUGUAUCGCAAGACCAUGGAUACAUUUCCUACGCAAAGGUAUGAAACAAAGAUCGAAUCCUUUGACACAUGCAUGAUCGAUGCUACGAACCAACAGAGAGAAAUACCUCAAACAGUGAGUGGACAGGUUCCUCCUCAGACUGUCGAAAUAGAGAAUCAAGAAAAUCAUGAAACACCUACUUUACAUCAACAACAAGAGUCGCAGCAACAUCAACAAGAACAACCUAAUCAAAUGACUCAGAUUCAAUCCAAUACUCAGCAAAGCAUGACUCUUACUCCAAUUCGAUUACCAGCCAUUCUCGAUGGAGAGUUUUUUACAGUAAUUAGAGUGGAAGAUACUAAUGUUACAGUUCGAUGUUUACAGUGUCAAAAGCACUUAAAUGGAAAUUUGAAAUCAACAGGAAACUUUUUAAGUCACAUUAAAAGGGUACAUCCUUUCAUGGUUGAUAAAAUUAAAUGUAAAUCUAAUCAAAGGAAACCUGCAAUGGUAUAUAUUGACUUAUCAGCUGACAAAUGUCCAGAACUAGUCAGAACAAAACGAGGAUAUAGAAAAUGUUAUAAAACGGAGGAAUGUCAAGCAGGAAACGAAGAAACAUAUGAUCAGCCUAAUGAAUGGACGGAACCUCCGUUAAUUCGUAGACGCAAAUCAGAGGAAACUGAAUCUACUGAUCUUUUAAAAAUAUCACAUAACAAUUCAUUUGUAAUGGAAGAUGAAUUUGAUGCGAUUGGACGAAAUGUAGCAGCAAAACUUAGAAAUAUGAGACUAGACCAAAGGAUUAUAGCUGAAAAAUUAUUAAAUGACAUUCUGUUUGAAGCGCAAUUGGGAAACCUUCAUAGAGAUUCUAAUAUACAUGUAUGAGAAAUGAAUUUUCCUGUCCAAAAAGCACGCGUGUGUAAAUGAACGAUGUGAAUAUAAUUGAAUGGGUGUAUAAGAAAGCAUAUAUUUUUUAUCAAGUCAGAUUUAUUUACAUUUCUUUAUGAAUGUUAUCUUAUUACACCACUGUAAUAACAGUAAUUUCAAAGUGGUUUUUUUCUGCUAAGAUAAACAGCCAGAUAUAAUAAUGUGAUGUAAUUGUGGAUAUAUUUUCUAGUUAAUUUCACUAAUGCCGUGAUAGUAAAUGAUUUCUAAUGAAUCAUUAUUCAAAUAUUACUAUGAAAUAAGUAUUUGAAUUCAAUGUAUACAGUCUUCAGCAAUGAAAACACAGAUUGAGAUAUAUAUAUACAUAUAUAUAUUUUAAUACUUAUAAGUAUUCAUAUAGGAAUCUAGAUGUAUUUCUGUAUAUAAAUGCAUAGUACUGUAAAUAUUACUGUACAAGUAUAAAAUUCGCAGAUAAGAAAAAAUGCUGCCGAAUAUAGUAACUAUUUGUAAAAGUUUUUUAGACGGAUCAUUUUUCUAUAAAUAUUACAUAAAUAUAGCUACCUGUAAUUUAUAGUAAUGUAUGAUAAAUACAUUUUUAACAUAUUA